CUUUCCCCAACGGAAGCUCAAUUCCAUGCGUUCAAGCGAUAAUCAUCAGCGAUCGCUCUCGAAGCCGCCAAAUCUCAGGAAUCGUCGUCAUCUCCAUUAACCACACUCCUCCCCAUUUCUUCUCAUCCAAAUGCAUUGACACACACGCCCGCAUACAGAAUCUCUCUCUCUCUCUCUCUCUCUCUCUCUCUGAUGGCAAUGGCUUCUUCGCCUUCUUCGCGACCGAUCGCGCUGUUGCUGCUCGCCUUCUUCGCUGCCGUCGCGCCCCUCUCUCUGUCCGCGAGAUUGCCGUUUCACCCCGUGGACGCGCUCCCUCUGCUGCCGCGGCAGCUCUCGUGGCCGAUCCUCAACCGCCUCCGCGGCCCCCUGGAUCUCCUGCCGACCUUCGUCGGCUCGGCCUCGCCGUCCUCCAACGCCAGCCUGAACUGGAAGGGCGCUUGCUUCUACGAUUCCGCGGCUUGGAUGGAGUUCCACAACAAGAGCGAGAGCGAGUUCGGCGGGGGCACGCUUCACAUCAAGGUCAACAAGGCUCACAGUUGGACUUGCAUGGAUCUUUAUGUCUUUGCAACUCCAUACCGUGUCACAUGGGAUUUCUAUUUCUUGUCUCGGGAGCAUACCCUUGAGUUUAAGGCUUGGGAAGGAAAAGCAGAGUAUGAAUACGUAAAAAGCAAAGGAGUUUCUAUCUUCCUCAUGGAAGCUGGGAUGCUGGGAACACUUCAAGCUCUGUGGGAUGUCUUCCCUUUGUUUACAAAUACUGGCUGGGGUGAAAACUCUAACAUUGCCUUUCUCGAGAAGCACAUGGGUGCUUCCUUUGAGGAACGCCCCAAACCCUGGGUAACAAACAUAAGUACAGAUGAUAUUCAUUCUGGAGAUUUCCUUGCAAUAUCAAAAAUCCGUGGGCGGUGGGGUGGUUUUGAGACAUUGGAGAAGUGGGUCAGUGGUUCUUAUGCUGGUCAUUCUGCAGUUUGCUUGAGGGACUCUGAAGGAAAGCUGUGGGUUGGCGAAUCGGGACAUGAGAAUGAACAGGGCGAAGAUAUUAUUGCGAUGUUACCUUGGGAUGAAUGGUGGGAGUUUGAGCUGAAUAAGGAUAACUCCAAUCCCCAUAUUGCAUUACUUCCCUUGCAUCCUGACGUGCGGGCCAAGUUCAAUGAAUCUGCUGCAUGGGAAUAUGCUCGGAGUAUGGAAGGAAAACCGUAUGGUUAUCACAACAUGAUAUUUAGCUGGAUAGACACAAUUGACGGGAACUAUCCACCUCCCUUGGAUGCUCAUCUGGUUGCAUCUGUUAUGACAGUGUGGAAUCAGUUAAGACCUUCUUAUGCUACCAACUUGUGGAAUGAAGCCUUGAACAUGCGACUUGGAACUGAGGGGCUGGAUCUUCCAGAUAUUUUAGUGGAGACUGAAAAGCGUGGCUCAUCCUUCGAUGAACUGCUUACCAUCCCAGAGCGGGAUGAUUGGCUGUACAGUGAUGGAAAGUCAACCUCUUGCAUUGCCUUUGUUCUUGAAAUGUACAAGGAGGCAGGAUUGUUCAGUUCAAUUGCUGACUCUAUUCAAGUGACGGAAUUCACGAUAAAAGAUGCAUAUACGCUGCGGUUCUUCGAGAAUAAUUCGAGCCGUUUGCCAAAAUGGUGCAACGAUGCCGACAAUGUCAAGCUCCCGUUUUGUCAGAUCCGAGGGAAGUAUCGGAUGGAACUACCGGGAUACAAUACUAUGGACCCGUACCCCCAAAUGAACGAGAGGUGUCCUUCUCUGCCUCCAAAAUACCUCAGGCCAAAAGAUUGCUAACGCAGGUAAUAAAUGGGGGUAUCCAACUCUAAUCCUAAACUAGCAUUGACAUCACAUUCGAGGCUAGAGCACGGAGAUUUCCAUUCAAAUGCACAUUGCAAAAAGCGGACUCUCUUCUGGAUCUAUAUCUUGACAUGAUCACACUUCAAGCCAAACAUGUUUUUCGCACUUUCAUUCCGUGUACAAUAGAGGGCUAAAAUGAGUCCUUAAAAUUGAGUGAGAAACACUAACGGCUAAUGCCGUGGAUGUAAACCAGGAUUCGUCAGAAAGGAAAGAUCUCUUUUGCACCUACACAAAACAACAG